CCUCCUCUCCCACCUCCCCAUCCGCCAUGCAGGCCGUCAAGCAGGAGAAGGACACCUCCUGCAAGACUGCUGCCCCGGCUGAAGCCCCUCCAAAGGCUGUCGCUCAGAAAUCAAUGCUGGAGAAGCUUAAGCUCUUCAACAGUAAAGGAGGCUCCAAAUCGUCCACCACCUCCUCCAACGGAGUAUCAGCCCAGACGGAUAAUGCAGCCCCGGGCAGGCAGCUUGGAGCCGGGCAGGUGGAGAGAGCUGAGACCGGCUCCAACACCGACCCCCUGGAGGAGGAUGAUGGCAACGUCCGGCCGGGACUGAACGGGACCAGCAACGGGACGGCCUACGGAGCAGCUCCCUCAGCAGGUACUACUGUCUCUACAACCGCCAGCAGCCCGAAAAUCGCUCUGAGGGGCAUCGCCCAGCGCACUUUUAGCAGAGCUUUGACUGCCAAGAAGGGUUCUGUCAAAGGCCUUGAGAAGGACAAGGAGAGAGGGAAGGAGAAGGAGAAAGAUAAGGACAAAGGGAAGGAGGUGGGGAAACGCACCUCAGUCUCUGACAGGGCAGAGCUCAGGGGAGAGGAGCCCAAGGACGAGGCAGCGUCCGUCGCUGUAGACGCUGAUGCCUCCAACAAAAGGACCUCUAAAAUUGCCAGUUUCAUACCCAAAGGGGGUAAAGUGGCCAAAAAGGAGAGCUCCACCCCUGCACACAGCGGAAUACCAAAGCCGGGAGGUAAAGCCCCAGGAGUCGGGGGCAAAGCCUCCUCAGUGAAGGAGGCGGGGGAGAGGCCUCGGAGCAUGAGGUUAGGAGGGGGCCUGGCCAUGCACCGCGGCCCGCUGGACAGGGACAGGGACAGCAGACACUCCAGCUCUACCUCCAGCCUGGCCUCCACGGAGGGGAAGAGCAGCGCCGCCCCGGUGGCCGGAGGAGGCACCACACAGAGCACCGCCAGCAACACCGUCAGCGUGCAGCUACCUCAGACGCAACAGCACCACAGCCACCCCAACACGGCCACCGUCGCACCUUUCAUGUACAGAUCCCAAACAGACGGCGAGGGAACGGUGAACGCUGAGACGGGUUCGGGAGGAAGAGGUGGAGACGUUUCCUUCACCAAGACCAGCCAGACCUCCAUCGAGGACCUCUCAGGUGAAGACCCGGAGACGAGGCGGUUGCGUACUGUCAAAAACAUAGCAGACCUGCGGCAAAACCUGGAGGAGACCAUGUCCAGCCUGCGAGGAACUCAGGUCACACACAGCACCUUGGAAACCACCUUCGACGGCAGCGUCACCACAGACAUCAGCGGCCGCAGCAUCCUCAGCAUCACCUCUGCCCGCCCAUCGCUGUCGUCAUGGCGACUGGGCCAGUCCAGCCCUCGUCUGCAGGCGGGCGACGCCCCCUCGUUGGGCAACGGCUACGCUGGCCGGGUGGUCGGCGGCCAGGGAGGGCGCUACCUGUACCCAGGGCACCUCCGGAGGCAGCUGGCGGGCCGGGGAGGAGCCCUGUGCAGCGUGGAGCUCGGAGACAGAGCCGGGGAGGACAUGGACCUGGACGGCAUCUCCAUGGAGGUGACGGGAUACAUGAGCGACGGAGACGUGCUGAGCAAGAACGCCGUGCGCACUGAUGACGUCACCAGCGGCUACAUGACUGACGGAGGUUUGGGUCUGUACACGCGCCGCCUGAACCGCCUCCCCGACAGCAUGGCCGCCGUGCGAGAGACACUGCAUCGGAAUACGUCUUCUGGACAGGGAGAUGCUGACAGCUGGGAUGACAGCAGCUCUGUGAGCAGCGGCAUCAGCGACAACAUCGACACAGAUGACAUCAACACCAGCUCCUCCAUCUCCUCCUACGCCAACACGCCGGCAGCACAGCGCAAAGGCCUCAACGCGCAGCCUGUGACGGACGCGGAGAAGCACUCGGCCUCCACAGCGGUGCACCAGUCCUGGUCGGGAGACGAGGUGAAGAGGCCAGACGGCGGGUCAGACAGCGGGGUCAGGAUGGAGCCGAGCUCCAAGUGGAGCCGCCGGAACCCCUCCGACAUCUCCGACGAGUCCGACAAGGGCGGCUCGGGCAGGAAGACCCCCUCGGUGUCCCACACAGGCUCCUGGAGGAGAGGCAUGAGCACUCAGGUGGGGGUGACGUCCCCCCGGACGAAAAGCACCAGUAGCACCGGUUCUACGGGCUCGGUCGGCCUCAAGACCCACAGUUCAGGUAAAACAGAUGAUGUCAAGGUGUCAGAGAAAGGACGCCUCUCUCCUCGUCCUAACGGCCUUCACCGCUCGCCGUCGGACGCCGGGCGCAGCAGCGGCGACGAGGCCAAGAAACAGUCGAUCCCCAGCAGCCGCACGUCGACCACGAACACACUCACACACACUGUGUCAGACCCGCACUCCCACACGCUGACCUCACGCACCCCGACCAGCACCUUCGGCUUCAAGAAGCAGGGCAUGGUUACCAUGGUGACAGCCAGCGGCGCCACCAUCACCAGCGGUUCAGCCACUCUGGGGAAGAUGCCUAAAUCUGGAGGGCGCUCGCUGUCAGGAGGGUUGAAGGCCGGCGGGCAGGACGGAGGCUCCAUGCUGGGGCACCACGACGACGGCUUCCUCCCCAUGAGCGCCCGAUCCACGCUGCAGUACCGCAGCCUGCCCAGACCCAGCCGCUCCGGGGCGGCCGCCCGCAACGGGAACCGCUCCUCCACCAGCAGCAUCGAGGCCGCCGUGCUCUCCGUCACCUCUCACGGGAAAAACUCCAUCAGCUUAGCCAAGGCCAACGGCUCGGGAGUCCUGCUGGCCAAUCAGACGGACCGAGAGAAGGGGGUCUCCGAGGUGGACAACCUCAGGAGCGGAGCGGCGAUGCAGGGCGGAGGAGCUGCGACGGUUCCUCUGACUGGACGACAGCAGGUUUCUUCACCGACGCUUCGCAGGUUAUUUGGUGGGAAGCCCAGUAAACAGGCUCCGAUCACCACGGCUGAAAACAUGAAGAACUCCACCGUCAUCUCCAACCCGCACGCCACCAUGAACCACGUGGCGACGGUGCCGGAGUCGCCCGACGCAGGGCUGGGAGGCGUGGACAGCGACACCAGCAGCCCGCUGUUCGGAGGCAGAGUGCUGGGGUCGGGCACGGGCACGCUGGGCAGCGAGCAGGCCUCCAGCCCCGGCUCCGUCUACUCCUCCACCGGCCCGUCCAACAGCCUGACGUGGGGAACCACCUUCAGCAGCUCCUCCGUCCCGAGCAGGGAGGGCACGCUGGGCGGCCACGGCGGGACGGGCAGCGUGGGCUUCCCCUCCGUCAGCAGCAUGCACACCAGCAGCGAGUCCAUCGACAUGAGCCUGGGCAGCGCCGGCCACGGGACCCACAGGGAGGACACGCUGUCCGCUCUGGGCCGGACCGGCAGCGUCAAGACCGGCAUGUCUGAGAGUCCCCUGUCCUCCCCCUCCGCUAGCCCUAUAUUCAGCCGAAACACGCUGCCUCGGAAGCAGGACAGCGGGCCACAUUGUGGUAGAAACACUCUGCCUAAGAAGGGACUCAGGUACGGUCCGUCGCCACAGCUGCGAAGCCACGAGGAGGCCCGCGAUUGGCUGCGCUCCCACUCCACCAGCGGGCUGCAGGACUCGGCCAGUAACUCCCCGUUCUCUCCCGGAUCCAGCCUCACCUCCCCCUCCGGCACUCGCUUCAACUUCGGACAGCUCGCAUCCAGCCCGACCUCAGCAGCUCAGAUCAACCUCGCCAGCAUGCGCACCAACAGCCUGACCAAUCAGGACGUCCCUUUCGACCCGUGCGGCGACAACCGACUGAGAAACUCCUGCAUGUCGCUCGACGAGAAGACACGCACCAUGAGCCGGUCAGGAUCCUUCAGGGACGGCUUCGAAGAAGUUCACGGAUCGUCUCUGUCUCUGGUCUCCAGCACUUCUUCCAUUUACUCCACGAACGAGGAGAAGUCCCAGUCGGAGAUCCGCAAGCUGCGUCGGGAGCUGGAUGCCUCCCAGGAAAAGGUUUCCGCCCUCACGACACAGCUGAGUGCCAAUGUAAGUCAACAAGCACUGCACAAACACACACG